AUGCGUGCAGCCCCAGACCAAGCAGAAGAAGCUUUCGACGCCCACGAAGUGCCCGUAGGAUGUGUAUUUGUGCGAGACGGAAUCAUCAUCGCACGCGCUCGUAACCGUACAAAUGAAGUAACGCGACACGCCGAGCUCGAAGCUGUUGACGCCAUCUUAGCCGAUCCGACUCCAACGGCACCGGAUCCCACAGCACGAUUACGACCGUUGUCAAGAACAACAUUGCAGGCAGGACUCGAACGGUGCUUCUUCGGGGCCGAGAAUGAGCGCUUUGGCGGUUGCGGCAGUGUGCUGGGAGUUCACUCUGCUGUACCUCACCCGAAACUGUCUUCACUCCCUGCGACGGGUGGAUUGCUGCGAGAAGAAGCGAUCAUGGCUUUACGACGUUUCUACAUCACGGAGAACACGAAUGCUCCAGUACCGAAGAGCAAGGUCAACCGCGUACUCAAGACUGAGAUACUCCCGCCAAAGACAUCUCUGUCGUCGUGA